GAACUUAUUCUCUUUCCGCUCUUUGGGAAACGACUUUGUUUCGUCGGCGGAACAGUGAAGCGGCCAUGGCCGCUCCUGAAGCCCCUCUCUGCUACGUCGGAAUUGCCAGGCAAUCCGCUGCUUUUCGCCUCAUGAAACAAAUGGGGUGGGAGGAAGGCGAAGGGCUUGGCAAGGACAAGCAAGGGAUUAAAGGCUACGUUAGAGUCCAAAACAAGCAGGACACUUUAGGUGUAGGUGUAGAAAAGCCAAACAAUUGGGCAUUUGAUACUGCACAAUUUGACAGUAUUCUCAAGAAAUUGAAAGUGCAGCAAGCAGUGGAAACCAACGAUGAAGUUGAUGAAAAGAGUGAUGUUCAAGCUGGUAAAGAAUCUGAUGCCUCUAAAGAUGUCAAGGAUCCAGUUGUCAAGGUUACUCGGCCACAGGGACGGUACAAGAGAAGAGAGAAAGGGAAGCUUGUCCAUUCAUAUUCUUCCAAGGAUCUUGAAGGAAUUCUUGUGAAAAAGGUUGAGGAUUCUCCACAGACAAAUCCUAGUCAAGAUGCUGAAUUGGGGUCUGAUGAGGAAUCAGACAGUUAUGUUUUCCAUGUUGAAGGAAACAAAGACCAAAGUGUUUCAGAAGAUUGGUGGGGACAUAAGUAUGGAUUUGUCUCAGGAGGUCUUCUUGGAGCAUCUACAAGAAAAAGGUCCCGUCCAACUGACAGCACUCAAAAUUUCAAUAAGAGGACUGCAUUUUUUGAAGAAGAUCAAGAGAAUCUUUACAAACUUGUCCAAGAUAAAGCCACAACUGGUAAGCAAGGACUAGGCAUUAAGAACCGCCCAAAAAAGGUAGCUGGAUGCUAUUUUGAGGGGAAAAAGACAUCAUUUAAUGAUAGUGAUGAUGAGGAUGCUUCUGAUUAUGGUUCUUCAGCAAAAAGCAAACAAGGUGACAUGUUUGAAACAGAAGAGAAUGGUGAACCCAAAGUAAAGCUGAAAAGGUUAUGUAAACAGCUUCUUCGGCAGGUGCCUGAGAAGUCAUUGAAGCUGAAACAGCUUAAAGUACUCAUUGAUGAACACUCACCCUACAUUUUUUCCAACUUCUCCUCAAAGAGGGAUGCUCUAUCUUACUUGAAGCAAAAGCUUGAAGGUAGUAGGAAGUUCUCAUUGAAGGGAAAGGAAGUGACUCUCUCAUCAAAGAGAGGCUGAAAAUUUUUGUUAGAAAUUUGAGGGCCCUGCAACGAUCUGUACAUUGCAGUUGAGACUGGAUUUGGAUCCGUUUCAGUUAUAAUGCAAUUAUUGGAUUCCUUUAAUCAAUUGGGUAGAAAGCAUUUAUUUUGCUCACACUACACAUUUUUUUAGACUGAUUAUAUGAUUCAGAGUGUGUUGGAUUUUUUAGUUGAGGCAUGUAUUAUUAAUGACAGUAAUGAUUAUUAUGCAUUUUGUUUUAGAACAGUGCAAAAUAAGAUGGUUGAAGCAUCAGAGACAGCAUGGUUUCAAAUGUAACACUAUAUCCAUUCAAUUCAAGCAUCUUCUUUUAACCCAGUUUA